CAAAGUGCCGCGCUGCUCUCUCGCGGGGGCCCAGUCGGCUGUUACAGCUACCGAAUGAUGGCCGGCAACUGGCCUGAGGGGGCACCCAAAAUUUCCGACUAAGGGGCACGCUGCUGCCACGAGACAGCGAAAAAAAUUGACGAACUUCGUGUGCGUCUCAGCGGUCCUGCUCUGAAGUCAAGAGGCUUUUCGGACGCCCUUGAGUCUGCACUGGGACUGGUAUGGCAUGGUUGUGUGAUUGCGACGACGGCACGGCCCCGAUGAAGCAGGAGCCGCCCAAGAAACAGCAGCAGGAGUCCAAGACGGGCCAGCAGGGCGCGGCCGGCCUUGUUUCCGUCGACAAAGCGCGCAUGCCGCCUUCCGAGGGCGAGUUGGCGCCGGAGUUCUCGGGCCCGCGUCCGGGCCUGGAAGGUCAAAGUGGGGUAGCUUCGAGCUUUACCUCGAUGAGGACGCAAAAUUACAAUGCCACCAUCGAGCCCGGAGAGCCUAGUUCCUGCUCUCGGAAGAAAUCCUCCAUCGGCGACGUCAUUCGCAGAUCCGAACAGCCCGGCCAAGCGGCCAGACAGGCAUCGUCUCGUGAGUCCAGGAGGAGCGACAAAGGCAGCGGCAAGGGUGAAGAGAAGGCGUUACCGGCGGAGAAUGCGCCGGAUAAGGUUUACGGGAAGUCAGACAGCAAAACCAGCACGAGCCGGACGAGCAGCGAGAAACACAAGCAUCGCAAGUCCCACCGCAAGCACCGCCAUCGCGAGAGCGGGCCUUGCUGCUGCCCGAUGUACGAGGUGGAGGUGGUCAAGACAGCCGGAGCUGCGGCCCUGGGAGGAAGACAGCGGCACCUGCAGAGCGACAAGCUCGGCAUGCAGGUCGUCACCACCGAGACAGUCACCAAGCGCCUCUACAAGUACAACAUAGACGUUGACCUACCUGAAGGCAUACGUGUCAGUCCUCGGGGUAAGCUGGUAGAAGACCAAGGUGUGUCGGCCGAGAACGGUGCCUAUGACAACAUGCCGCAGCAGUACAGCGCCGAACCUGCAUAUCAGCCGCCAUAUGGACAGACAUACCCGCACCCGCAGCGGCCACAGCUCACGUACUCGCCACAGGACCAAGUGGUGCCGUACGAGUCUCAGCAGCCGGCGGGACGUUAUAUGCAGUUUCAACAGCAACAGAUUUCCACUAACGGUGCGAGGACCGGAAUGAUGCAAGUUUCCAGCUAUGAGAUGCUGCAGCACAGGGUCGCGUCACCGUCGAUGAUGCCUAUGGUGCCCCGGCACGAAGCAACGCAGCAUCUGAGAGGCCAGAUGCAACUCACUCAUCCCCGUAAGGUGGACUCGCUUGUCUUUCAGUGCCUUUGUGGACAUGCCCGGGGUAGACGAAAGUCGACCACCCUUACUACCACCACGUCGUCAACGACGUGUCCCACUAGCAAGAACACCAGCACCAAGACGAACAAGACGAGCAGCAGCAGCAAGAGCAGUAACAAAAAGAAGGGAAAGAAAAGCAGUACAAGCACCGAUAAUGGCCGAAAGAAGAAGGAGAAGAAAAGCAGUUCCAGCAGUACCAGCACCGAUAAUGGCCGCAAAAAGAAGAAGAAAAGCAGUACCAGCAAUACCAGCACCAAGAGCGACCACAAAAAAGGGAAGAAAAACAGUAGCAGCAGUACCAGUACCAAGAGCGACAAUAAAAAAGGGAAGAGAAGCAGUACUAGCAGCAGCAGUUCAACCUCCACAAGCAGCUCCUCGAGAAACAAGAAGGGUGACUCCAAGCCCUGCUUCACGCAGGUGGAAAUACAUUGCGACAGGUGUCGGCUGCGCAAGACGUACCUGGUCUGCAAGGAAUGCUAUAGUCGUCACAAGAUAACCACUUGCAAGGACUGCAAGGCCCCGACGGUCAUUGAGUACAUUCGGUAUCCCUCGCAGAAUGCCUUCGUCAAUGUGGCUGGCCAGAUGGUGCCACAGAGGCCGGCACUACCGCCUCCGCCUCCGCAGGUCUACCAGCCGCAGCAGCAGCAGCAGCAGCCGUACGAAGCAGACGACAUGGUCGGGGCGUUUGCCGACGGGAAUGCCGCCUUGAUAGUGUGUUGUAGCAGCAAGACAGUGCUGCCGGUGAGCAACACAGCCGUUUAUCAGGAUCCUGGAGCAGCGUACCGUCAGGUGCCCGUCACGACCAACUUAGUGCUGGGGAUCAUGUGCCCAGACGAGUUUAACGAGCCUAAUGACAAUUCCACCACUUCCUCCUCUACUACCACGACAACUUCGAGUUCACGCACUCCGGUCAAGUCGGGAACGACAAGCCCGACGAAGUCACCCGGCAAGAGCCGAACGAACACCCGUUCCAGGAAUGCAGGGGAUGAGAACCGUGGGUCGUCGCUCUGCAACUGCGGCCACGACAUCCGAACAUGCAGAAUGUGCCAUGAAAAAAAGCACACGCACUAA